AUGGGUCGUGGGAAGAUUGAGAUCAAGCUGAUCGAAAACCACACAAACAGGCAGGUGACCUACUCCAAGAGAAGAAAUGGGAUUUUCAAGAAGGCUCAGGAGCUCACCGUCCUCUGUGAUGCCAGGGUCUCACUCAUCAUGCUCUCCAACACUGGUAAAAUGCACGAGUAUAUUAGCCCUACCACCACGACCAAGAGGAUGUAUGAUGAUUACCAAAAAACUUUAGGGGUCGAUCUGUGGAGCUCACACUACCAGGCAAUGAAAGACACCCUGUGGAAACUGAAAGAGAUCAACAAUAAGCUGAGGAGGGAGAUCAGGCAGAGGUUGGGUCAUGAUCUCAAUGGCCUGACCUAUGAGCAGCUGCAUUCUCUGGAGGAUAAGAUGGCUUCUUCCUUGGAGGCCAUACGUGAAAGGAAGUACCACGUGCUCAAAACUCAGAUGGAGACCUACAAGAAGAAGGUGAAGAACUUGCAGGAAAGAAGAGGAAACAUGCUACAUGGUUAUGAAGUAGCCUCUGAGGAUCCACAAUAUGGGUACGUGGACAAUGAGGGAGACUAUGAAUCUGCGGUUGCAUUGGCAAAUGGGGCGUCCAACUUGUUCACUAUCCACCUCCACCAAGACAUCUGUGACCACGCUAACCUCCACCACCACGGAGGAAGUUCGCUUGGCUCCUCCAUUACUCAUCUGCAUGAUCUGCGCCUCGCUUGA